AUGCAGCGGCUCUUCAAGACCAACAAGUCGCAGGCCUCGAUCGAAGACCCCCAGGCUCAUCAAGCUCACCCUGAUCCACAUCUCCAUCAGCAACAGCAACAGCCCCCUCCAGGCGGACGCCAGCAGCAACUCUACUUUGACCCCCAACAUCAACCCUACUCGCACCAGCAAUCGCAACAGCAGCCAUUUCCUCCAGACUCUCGCUUCCCAGGACAAGGACAGGGACAAGAUCUGCAUCAUCAGACCCCGUCUCAGCCCGAUUCCGGUGCCCCUCCUCAUCUGAACCGCAGUCAGAGCAACCGCAACUCCUCCAUCCCAGACGUCUAUGGACCCCAGCGGCCACAAGUGAACGUUGUUCCACCGCUGUCUCAACAACACGACGCCUUCGUCCCCGAAGGUCCCGCGCCGGUUCCUGGACAGACUCAGUUCGGCAGGUCAACACAAGUCCGCACCAUUGAGGACAAAGAACACAAACGGUCCAAGCGUAACAUCAUCUCAAGUCUGCUGAAAGACAAGAGCAAAGACGACGAAAGACAUCGAGAGAAAGAGAAGGAAAACAACUCGGUCGAGCGCAAGCCUCUGGGGCGGUCAAGCUCGGUACAUCUUCUCAGGAAAUCUCACCCGCCUCCUGAGCAGCCUCCUCGCGAAUCGUACUCGACUCAGACAUCUCCUCAGUCACAGUACCCGUCCAGGCAGUCCGUCUAUUAUCCUCCACCACCGACAGAGGCUACCGACCCACGUGCAAGCCAGGCUGCUGACCAAACUACAUACGAGCAAUACCAGAGGAACCAGGCUCAAUUUGACUCUCCUCAGAGUCAAUUUACUCACCAUUCCAUCGAAUACACCGAGGACGCGCCUCAUUUCAGUUCGCAACAGGAGCAAUAUCAGGCUUAUCACCAGUCCGAAUCUGAGAAUACCUCGGACCAGUACUUGCCCUACCAAGCCCAAUCGUCGAGACCGGGCAACGUAGACUCUGACCAUUACCAACAUCUCAGGCCCCCUUCACAGACAUCUCUGGGCCCACCUUCACCCAUCAACACCCCGGCCCAACCUCAGACCGGCGGUCCCGACUCUCGGCCCUCCACAGCUGCCACCAAUCGAUACUCGGCGCAGUCUCCUCCUCAGGGGCAACAGCCACCCCCAUCGGUCAUGGCGAGAGGCGACCCUCCUAACGGGGGUAUCCGCCAACAGCUGUCCCAGCGUGAGCGAGGCUCCGAUGAGCAGGUUCAAUAUCAGAGCCAAAACCAAGCCGAUCCGAGAGCGAGAAUGUCCCAGCAGCAGGCCUCCGAACAGGGCCGAAACACGCCUCCUCCCCGGAGCCGAGAGGACAUUACGCAGUUAGACUUUGCUUCACUUCUUGCGCGCCAUGAGGAAUUGCAGGCCAAGUACUCCAAGGUCAAGCGAUACUACUUCGAGCGAGAGGCUCAAGUGACCCAGUUGCAGAAUACUGUGGCAAAUCAGCGCCUAUCAAUGUCCAAGACUUCUUUAGACGACGCACAGUACACGGCCAGAUUCGAGCGCUUGAGUCAAGCCAUCAAUAAUCUCUCCUUCAACAUCCGGAAAAACUGGCGCGCAAUCCCACCGUGGCUGCGCCAUGUGUGCAAUCAGGAUGCUCACACAGUUGGGACCAAAGAAAUGACUGCGGUAGGACGCGCUUGUAUCACACGCUGGCUGUAUGAGAGUAUCUUCCAGCACACGUUCCAUCCCGGCAUUGAACCGUCGUUAUCCGCGCAGUUGAAGCGGAUUGAACACAAUCUCCGUCGCGGAGGGCAAGCUGGCGCCAUGCUCACCGAUGAACAGCGAGACGACUUGACGACCAAGAUCACGACCUGGAGGCUCACCACUAUAGAAGGACUGCAUGAUAUGCUGGGGUCCCAGCAAGCCGAACACUACACCGAGACCAUGAACAAGCAUUAUACCCACCAGCUCACCGAGUCCUUGAAGGCAAACCUGACGGAUCCCCCGCCACCGGGACUUGUUGAGGGCGUCGGCAUGAUUGUCGGACAAGCCAUCGGCAUCGCCUCCAACAUCCCGCUCGAGUCGCGCGACAUCUGCAUCGAAUACUUCAUGCCUGGCACUCCUCUCAAUGAGGCGUACAUGAAGGUGGAGCCACAGAUCGUCGCCCUGACCAAUCCUGGACCCGACGAACGGAUCCUGCAGCAACAGGCAGCAGAGGCGAAAGCACGGACAGAGGCACAAGAAGCCGAUCAGAUGAGCACUGCCAGCACAGACGAUGGGCCCCGUGAUGUGGAAGCCGAGAUUCGUGAAGCUGCCGGCAAAGCGGCGUCGCAAACCGCCCAGCAGCCUGGCCAGCAAGGACGCAAUGAAAGCGUGGCAAGCAACGCCAGUCAGGCAACCGUCAAGGGUUCGGGUGACAAGCAGUCCAAGAAAUCAGGGUUGUUUGGUGGUUUUGUCAACAAGAAACCGUCCAUGUCGUCGCGCGGUGGUGACCGUCCAGAAGUUGCUAACAUCAACUCGGCGCGGGGCGAGGGUGAUGAUGAGCGUGGUAAUGUUAGGAACAGCAUGGCCGUUGAUCCUGCGUCCAUGGUGCCUCCCUCGAUCGCGAACGAAGGACGUAUCAGGUUUGCAGCUUUCGUGGCUGUUGAGGUCAGGGGCAAAGGACCAGGAAUGGCGCCGACAAGUAGUGCAGCCAGCGGCAAGGAACCCGGGUCGACCGCGGCAGCAGCAAGCCCCCAGUCCUCGGUCAAUGUCCUUUUCAAGGCGCCUGUCUACGAAUACUAG